CCCUCCACAACAAACUUUAUUUAUACGAACAAUUUAUCGGUAUGGCUAGUUCUGGAUGAGCGAAAAGGCGGAGGCUAGUACGGUGGCCUAGGUGGGUUAAACCGGUGAAACAAAUGGCGGCCCACUUGAAGAAACGCGUCUAUGAGGAAUUUACUAGAGUGGUGCAGCAGCCGCUAGAGGAGCCCUCGGCCAAGAAGCUGCGAUUGACAAAACCCAGCAAAUCUGCGGCUCUCCACAUCGACCUGUGCAAAGCCACUUCUCCAGCGGACGCCCUUCAGUACCUGCUGCAGUUUGCCCGCAAGCCCGUCGAAGCAGAGAGCGUGGAGGGAGUUGUGCGAAUCCUCCUGGAACAUUAUUAUAAGGAGAAUGAUACGUCCGUCAGGCUGAAGAUCGCUUCCCUGUUGGGCUUGUUAUCCAAGACGGCUGGAUUUUGCCCUGACUCAAUAGUGGACGAUGUGAUUAAUACUCUUCAGAAUGAAAAGUCACACCAGGUUCUGGCACAGUUGCUGGACACCUUGUUAGAGAUUGGCCUCAAGCUCCUGGACAUUGUUUCCCACAGGAUGCGAUUGGUGGAUGUGGCUUGUAAGCACCUAUCCGAUACGUCCCAUGGUGUGAGGAAUAAAUGCUUGCAGCUCCUGGGGUGCCUUGGCUCUGUAGAAGCCAGCCCUGCCAAAGAGGUGGAAAAUGCAGUCGCUAAAGAUGUCCAGAAGAUUAUUGGGGAUUAUUUUAUCGAUCAGGAUCCCCGUGUACGGACAGCAGCAAUUAAAGCCAUGUUGCAGCUGCAUGAGAGGGGACUGAAGUUACAACAAGCAAUGUAUAAUCAGGCCUGCAAACUACUGACGGAUGAUUAUGAACAAGUCCGGAGUGCUGCCGUGGAGCUGAGUUGGGUUUUAAGUCAACUCUAUUCUGAAAGCAUUGUUCCAAUCCCAUCGUCAAAUGAGGAGAUUCGAUUGGUGGAUGAUGCUUUCGGAAAAGUCUGUCACAUGGUUAGCGACGGGUCGUGGGUGGUGAGAGUUCAGGCUUGCAAACUCUUGGGAUCAAUGCUGCAAGUCAGUCCUCACUUUCUGGAGCAGACUCUAGACAAGAAGCUCAUGUCGGACCUCAGGCGGAAACGGACAGCCCACGAACGUGCCAAAGAGCUCUAUAGCUCAGGGGAGUUUUCCAGUGGCCGGAAAUGGGGAGAUGAUGCCCCCAAAGAGGAGCUGGACACAGGAGCUGUGAAUCUAAUUGACUCUGGAGCCUGUGGAGCUUUUGUUCACGGGCUGGAGGAUGAGAUGUAUGAGGUGAGGAUUGCUGCUGUGGAGUCCUUGUGCCUGCUGGCCCGCUCGUCUGCUCCGUUUGCUGAGAAAUGCUUGGAUUUCCUGGUGGACAUGUUCAACGAUGAGAUUGAGGAGGUGCGACUGCAGUCUAUCCACACCAUGCGCAAGAUCUCCGACAAUAUCACUCUGAGAGAAGAUCAGCUGGACACAGUGCUGGCCGUGCUGGAGGACAAAUCUCGAGAUAUCCGGGAGGCCCUUCAUGAGUUGCUGUGUUGCACAAAUGUUUCCACCAAGGAGUGUAUCCAGCUGGCUCUGGUUGAACUAUUGAAGAACCUCUCCAAAUACCCCACCGACCGGGAGUCCAUUUGGAAGUGUUUAAAGUUCCUCGGGAGCCGACAUCCCACCCUGGUCCUGUCUCUUGUCCCAGAGCUUCUGAGCACCCACCCUUUUUUUGAUACGCCAGAGCCUGACAUGGAUGACCCAGCCUACAUUGCAGUUCUGGUUCUGAUUUUCAAUGCUGCCAAAUGCUGUCCCACCAUGCCUGCUCUGUUCUCUGAUCACACGUUCCGUCAUUAUACCUACCUGCGAGACAGCCUGUCACACCUUGUUCCUGCUCUUAAUUUACCAAGUGUGAGAUGGUCUUGGAUCCCGGAUGUUAUCACAGAGGCCCCUCCUGAGGAUCCUUCACAGCAGUUUCUUCAGCUCAGCUUAGAGCGGGUGCACAAUCUCCAGCACCUCGGCUCACAAGGGACACAGGAGCUGCUGGAAUUCACUAUACGUGACCUGCAGAGGAUUGGAGAGCUUCAGUCUGACCUUGCGGGAAUGGCGGAUUUCUCUGCAACGUAUCUGCGCUGCCACUUACUGCUAACCAAGGCCUUGAAUGAGAAGCUAUGGAGUCUGGCUGCUCCUCUGUUUCUAAAGAAUUCCCUGACAACCAAUGCUGUCAAGCAGAUCUUAGAAGAAACCUACAAGAUGGAGUUUAUGUACAGUGGGCUUGAAACCAGGCAAGUGGCAAUAAUACAUCACAUGAGGUUACAAGCCAAAGCCCUGCAGCUCUUGGUCACGGCUCGGACCACUAAAGGAGCUGAGCCACUUUUUGGGAUGUGUGAAGAGUUUUUGCAGGAGGUGGACUUUUUCCAGAGAUGUUUCAUCUCUGAGCUUCCGCACAUGCAGGACAGCUUUGUAGACAAACUUCUAGACCUUGUACCCCGAUUGGUGAACUCCAAACCAUUAGAAAUGGUUAAAAUCCUACAGACAACUCUGCGCCAGUGCACCUUCCUGCGUCUGACUCUCCCAGAGCAGAUUCACAGAGCAUCAUCACAUAUUAUAGAACCUGCAGAAGAGUCGGACAAUCCAAUUCGCUUUACCUCUGGACUAGUUGUGGCUCUUGAUGUCGACGCCACAUUAGAACAUGUCCAGGAGCCGCAGAGCACAGUGAAAGUGCAGGUUGUAUAUCCGGACGGGCAGGUCCAAAUUAUCCAUCCCAAGCCAGCAGAUUUCCGGAAUCCAGGUCCGGGGAGGCACAGACUCAUAACGCAAGUCUAUCUUUCACACACUGCCUGGACAGAGCCCUGCCAGAUUGAAGUGAGGCUUUUACUUGCCUACAGCUCAAGCAGAAGCAAAGUGAUGAGCAGAGCAUCUAAUUCAACAUGGGGGGAGAGUACAGAGACUGUACCUUCCACUGAGAGCAGCACAGAGGGAACCAUUCCCUUCAGCAAACCUGUCAAAGUCUUCCUCAUGCCCAAACCUGCCAGGCGGUGACAGCGGCCAUGUUUGCUAAUAGCAGCUCUGACAUUGUUUCCCAGGCCCUUCAUUUCCCUGGCUGUUCCACACACAUUGCAAUCUACUCCCCUUCGUGUUUUCUCAUAAAUGUAUUUUUCAAGUUGUGUAUAAAUGUUUUCCCGCCUUCUGUAAA